CUUACAGCUAGCUGUUGUGCAGUACUAGUGAAGUUGUUGUUGUCACAUGUUAUAGGAUAUGAACUUGCAAACUGCAAAGGCUGACAUAACUUUAUCAAGAAGGAAACCGAGAACGCUUAGCGAGUCACAGUUAACUGUGCUGAAACCACGCAUUGCUGGUUGGACGACUUGACCAAGGUCUGAAGUCUGUGAGAAUGCAACACUUUAAAAGAGCGGUUUCACAAAACCUCAAACUACCCACCGGUGGGCCUAUCGGCUGGCUGGUUAAGGAAUUGAUCUUUAUGAGGACAAACGAUGUAGUUGAGGUUCAGACAGCCAAACUUCUGAAUAUCCAACCGCACCACCGGGUGUUGGAAGUCGGGUUUGGACCGGGAGUCGGACUGAAGGAAGCCCUGGGUUACAUCGGUAAAGAUGGCCCGGGUAAGGUGUAUGGUCUUGAGUUGUCUCCACAGAUGGUGCAUGUCGCCACCAAGCGACUCCAACCGUACAUUGCAUCCGGCCAGCUACAGCUCACCCUCGGAGAUGUCAUGAAACUUCCCUAUCCUGACAACUCCAUGGACGGAAUCUUCCACGUCAACUGCUUCUACUUCUGGGACGACCUUCACCAGGGCUGCAGGGAGCUGUACCGCGUUCUGUCGCCAGGGGGCAGUGUAGCAACCGCCAUGAACAGGACUGUCGUAGAGAAGUCUGUUGAAAGAGGGCUCAAUUCGUACGCCCGUCAUACUGACCCACAAGAAUACAUGAAGGCCCUUGAGAAGGCAGGGUUCGUGGGAUUUAGGGAGGAGGAAAUUGGAGAAGGAAAGAACAAAAUGUACGGUUACACUGCGAGUAAGGAAGGCAAGGACAGCUCACCAUGAUGACAGGAAAGGUUAUUAUAUUAAAGAACGAACCCAGAAUUUUUUUCUUUAAUACGGAGGUCAUUUGCAUUAUUAAUGACGAAGUGUUGAAAUGAAACAUUGCCAACGUAUAGGAGGGUUUAAACCGGCAUAAAUACAAUAGAGGGGCAAAUUU